GUUUCUAAACUGGGAUUGACCUAGGCAGAUUAGGUAACCCAAUCCAAAAAAUAAGAGGUUUUCACUGUUUCACUAUUGUUUUUAAUGUGGUUCCUUCACCGAAGGAAAUACGUGCACAGCACCACCUAAAUUAUGACGGUUGCAUGUAGUGUAAGGUUUCGGUGUUUAUCGAUUCUGAGCAUGCCAGUCACAGUAUAUACGACGAUUAACCAAUUCAGAAACCGCCUUUGAAGAAAUACCAUCAACAACAAAGAAGUAUGCGUAUCUUUCGGUUUACGUAAGACCAAAAACUCCACUUACGUCCAAGUUGGUGUAAACAGUAUCAACAAAGCGCCGUAAAUAAUGAAAGGUACUGUAACAAAAACCAUAGAUACUCUGAAAGAACCCAUCUGUGUUUGCUUGGCUAGAGUUCUUCUAGGCACUAUAAAUUUAAACCCUUUCGGCCCACUGACAUUAGUUCCCGAUCCACUAAGAACACCAUCGCAAUGCGCUCCCUCCUGGCCUUUUCCCUGGUCGUCCUGGCCGUGCUGAUCCUCCAGAUCAGCCAGGUCUCCUCCGCCUCGUCCACCACCUCCACCGAGGCCUCAACCACCACCACCACCACCACUGCAGCCACCACCACCACCACCACGGCAGCCACCACCACCACCACGUCCGCCACGAAGAAGAAGCACCGACGCCGACGAGUCAUAAUCAGACGCGUGGUCAUCCGCCGGAAUGGAGGACGCCGCCGGAGGUCGGGACAAUCCCAGAGCGGAGUCAACCGCCGCCGGGUGGUCGUUCGAGUUCGCAGGACGGCCAACUAAAGGACGAAGUCAGAAAAGGUUUACCGGCUUCAAGCUAAUAAAAAUUUUAAAAAAGCGUAACUGUUUAAAUGAAUAAAUCUACAUUACAUAAAAACCAUUAA